AUGGUGCUAUACUCUCUGCCAACGGUCGAGGACUGUGCCAGCUUCUCUAAUACUGUUGAGCCAUAUAUCAACGAGUUCUGGGAGCUGCCUGUUUCAAUUAUCACCCGUGUCGGCGUCUUCAUCCGUGGUCAAGAUGGCCCGACUCUGCUUGACUCAUACGUCAAUACAAACCCGCUAGUUCUCGGGUUUGCGCUGUCUCUCUUAAUGGGCUGCAUAUUCUUCGUCGUGUCAGAAUUCAACGGCAACUAUUCGCAGGUUGAUCGCUGCUGGAGCCUGCUGCCAACACUUUACAUUGCCCACUUCAAUCUCUGGUCGCGGCUGUCGGGCAGGCUAAGUCGUCGCCUAGAUGUUGUUCUUUUCUCUAGCAUAGUUUGGAGUGCCCGGUUGACAUAUAAUUAUGCACGCAAAGGCGGCUAUUCCGUGGGCUCUGAGGAUUACAGAUGGGCCAUCGUCAAGAAAAACAUACCAGCAUGGUCAUUUCGCUUGCUAAACUUGACAUUCAUUUCCUUUAUCCAAAGUGUUCUGCUUCUCGCGCUGGCCGCUCCCGCCUACACCAUUCUUUUGGCAAGCGACAUUGAGCAGAGCAUGACGGCGGCCGACUGGGCAUUUGCUUCCGUGGAGAUUGGCCUUGUCAUCGUCCAGUGGUUCAGUGACGGACAACAAUGGAACUACCAAUCGGCCAAGCGGCAGUAUCAGCAAUCUGCAAAGGUGCCUGCUGGGUUCACCCGAGCUGCCAUGGAUCGCGGUUUCAUCGCUGAGGGUCUUUGGGGCUACAGCCGGCACCCAAAUUUUGCGGCCGAGCAGGCGAUAUGGCUUGUUCUAUACCAAUGGAGCUGCUAUGCGACCAGCUCUCUCUACAACUGGGCUGGUGUAGGCUCAGCUGGCCUUGUCAUGCUCUUCCAGUCCUCAACGUGGCUGACUGAGUCAAUCACGUCUGGAAAGUACCCCGAAUACAAAGAAUACCAGAAAAAAGUCGGCACAUUUGUGCCCACGAGCACAACGGCAUAUACGGCAUCAGUCGGCCACCCACAGGUAAUCCGGGCUAGCGAGCUCGCCAGGAGGCCACAGGAGAAGGCAGCAAAGUCCAGCGGUAUUCAGACGAGGGGAUCCGCCGAAAAGAGAUGA